UGGAGCUGCUGACUGGAGAGGUUCCUAUAAGGUGUCAGGAUGUGGCGGUCUAUUUCUCCAUGGAGGAGUGGGAGUAUAUAGAAGGACACAAGGAUCUGUACGAGGACGCCAUGAUGGAGGCUCCCCGGCCUCUGACAUCACCAGGGAAAAACUCUGAGGGAAACUUCAUGUUAUCGCUAAAUCAUAAUAAAGAAGAUGAAGAUAUCGGGCAGCGCUCUUCAGGAGAAGACCUCAUUACCAGUAAUGUCCAUCCAGGACUUCACAAUACUGAUCUAUCAUAUGAUCCUCCUGAUCAUGAGGAACCUUCUCCUGACCAAUCACAGAUUGUUACCACAAGUACUGGGCAGAAAUCAGUUAAAAGGUUUCACUGUGAGGAAUGUGGAAAACAAUGUACACAACAAGCAGGUCUUUUUAUCCAGAGAAGAACUCAUACAGGAAGGGAGCUAUGUUCAUGUAGAGAAUGUGUGGAAUGUUUUAUAUACAAAUCACAACUUCUUACGCAUGAGACAGUUCACACAGGAGAGCCAAAUUCAUGUUCAGAAUGUGGGAAAUAUAUUAUACAUAAAUCACAUCUUGUUGAACAUCAGAGAAUUCACACAGGAGAUAAGCCGUAUUCAUGUUCUGAAUGUGGGAAAUGUUUUGCGCUACCAUUGACUCUUAUUAAACAUGAGCGAACACACACAGGCGAAAAACCAUUUUCAUGUACUGAAUGUGGGAAAAGUUUUAUUACUAAAGACAACCUAAAGGUUCACCAGCGAAGUCACACAGGAGAGAAACCAUUUAAAUGUUCAGAAUGUGGGAAAUGUUUUAUUACUAAAAUGAGCCUCAAGGUUCAUCAUAGAAGUCACACAGGAGAGAAACCAUUUACUUGUUCAGAAUGUGGGAAGUGUUUUAUUACUAGAGGGAGUCUCAAAGUUCAUCUUAGAAUUCACACAGGAGAGAAGCCAUAUUCAUGUUCAGAAUGUGGGAAAUGUUUUAGAAAUAAUUCAGACUUUAAAAAACAUCAGCGACAUCACACAGGAGAGAAACCAUAUUUAUGUUCAGAAUGCGGGAAAUGUUUUAUCAGAAAAACACAUCUUGUUACACAUCAGAGAAGUCACACAGGAGAGAAGCCAUAUUCAUGUUCAGAAUGUGGGAAAUGUUUUAAGGAUCAAUCAGGUCUUGUUAGUCAUCAGCAAUCUGACACGGCGAAAGGCUGUGUUUAUGUUCUAAAUGUGGGAAAUGUUCUACACACCAGAUAAUUCACAUUGGACAAAAACAUUUUCAUAUACAUAUUCAUAUGCAGUAAAAGUUUUAUGACUAAAGGCAAGCUCAGGGUUUAUCAGAUAAGCCACACAGGAGAAAAUCCAUUUAUAGGUUUAAAAUGUGGGAAAUGUUUCACACAAAAAUCAGGUCUUGUUACACAUGAGAAAAUUCACAAAGGAGAGAAACUACAUUGAACUUUGAGAAAUGUUUUACAAGAAAAUCUAAUUUGGAAACUCAUCAGAGAAUUCACACAGAUAAGAAACCAUAUUCUUGCUUGGAAUGUAAAUAUUAUUCGAGCAAA